AUGGCGAAGGGCAAGGUGUGCUUGGCCUACUCUGGCGGCCUUGAUACCAGCACCAUCCUCGGAUGGCUCCUGGAGCAGGGAUACGAGGUUGUGUGCUUCCUGGCCAACGUUGGCCAGGACGAGCCUUGGGACGAGGUUCGAGCAAAGGCCCUGAAGAUCGGUGCCACCAAGAUGAUCAUCGAGGAUCUUCGCAAGGAGUUCGUGGAUGAGCUCUGCUUCCGCGCCAUUCAGUGCAACGCUAUCUACGAGCAGCGAUACCUCCUUGGAACAUCUCUGGCCCGUCCGGUCAUUGCCCGCGCUCAAAUGCGAGCUGCUGAGCAGGAGGGUUGUGACUUUGUCUCUCACGGCUGCACUGGCAAGGGCAACGACCAGGUCCGCUUUGAGCUUGCCUUCUACACCAUCAACCCCGACAUCAAGGUCAUUGCACCAUGGCGUGACCCCACCUUCUUCAAGCGUUUUGCGGGUCGUAACGACCUGCUCGACUUCGCGGCGGAGAAGGGCAUUCCUGUUUCCAGCACCAAGGCCAAGCCAUACUCCAUGGACGCCAACAUGGCCCACUGCAGCUACGAGGCCGGCAUGCUUGAGGAUCCAGACCAGACACCCCCUACUGACAUGUGGACAAUGACUGACGACCCUGAGACCGCCCCCAACAAGCCUGAGGACAUCAACAUCACAUUCGAGAAGGGAAUCCCCGUCAAGCUGGAUACCCUCGCUGAUGGGAAGACUUACACCGAGAGCGUCGAGCUCUUCACCAAGCUCAAUGCCCUGGGCAAGCUUCACGGAGUGGGCCGUAUCGACAUUGUCGAGAACCGGUUCAUCGGCCUGAAGUCUCGCGGCUGCUAUGACUCACCCGCCAUGACCAUCCUCCGCCUGGCCCAUCUUGACCUCGAGGGUCUUGUCCUGGACGGCCAGCUGCGGUCCCUUCGUGACACCUUUGUCACCCAGAAGUGGAGCGAGCUUCUGUACAACGGCAUGUACUUCUCUCCCGAGCGAGAGUGGCUCGACACCUGCCUGAUCGCCGCACAGGACCGUGUCAACGGUCUCGUCCGCCUCCGACUCUACAAGGGCAAUGCCUAUGUGCUGGGCCGUAGCUCUGAGACCGAGAAGCUGUAUGAUGCCGAGGAGGCCUCCAUGGACACUCUUGACAACUUCAGCCCCGAGGACACGACUGGGUUCAUCGGCAUCACAUCCAUCCGCCUCAAGAAGUACGGUCUGCAAAAGCGGGCCCAGGGUGGUCUCACCUACAGCAAGUAA